ACAAUGCUUAGUGACACGCGUGAUCUCCAUCUUCGUCUUCUUUCUUACUCCUCCCCUUUUCUACUUUUCUCUCUUCACUUCCCCCAAAAUUCUUCUUCUAUGUCACACUUACACCUAUACAUAUAGAGUAUAUAUAUACACACAAUCACCCACCUACCCCAUAGCCAUUAAUUUUAUCCCAUCUGACAAUAUCCCUUCACUCUGUUAAUAGAGAGAGACCUAUUUGCAGUAUCUUAUGAUGAGGAACACUUUGUUAAAUUAGAUCUUGAGUAAGUGGGUGUGUGUUUUGUGGAGUUAUUGUAAUUCAAAUGGAGAUUUGGAAAGUGGGUUUUGUAGCGAUGGUGUUGGGUUUAUCUAUACUGGUUGAAUGUGGGGUAUCCGAUAUGUAUUCGUCAAAAUUAGUUCAUAGAUUCUCUGAUGAAGUGAGGAAAGUUAGGGUUUCAAGGAAUGGGGAAGUGGGUGUUGUGUGGCCGCAACAUAGGAGCUUCGAGUAUUAUGGGAAGUUGAUGAACAGUGAUUUGCAGCGGCAAAAAAUGAAGCUUGGUCCUCAGUUUCAGCUACUUUUUCCUUCUCAGGGUAGCAAAACGAUGCCGUUGGGAAAUGACUUUGGAUGGUUACAUUACAUGUGGGUUGAUAUAGGAACGCCAAAUGUUUCUUUUCUCGUUGCACUGGAUGCUGGAAGUGACUUGCUGUGGGUUCCGUGUGAAUGUGUACAAUGCGCUCCUCUUUCAGCCAGUUAUUAUAGCAGCCUGUUAACAUUAGGCUGCUAUAGAACGCCAAAUGUUUCUUUUCUCGUUGCACUGGAUGCUGGAAGUGACUUGCUGUGGGUUCCAUGUGAAUGUGUACAAUGCGCUCCUCUUUCAGCCAGUUAUUAUAGUAGCCUGGAUAAAGAUCUAAAUGAGUACAAUCCAUCUGGUUCAAGCACAAGUAAGUUCCUGUCGUGCAGCCAUCAGUUGUGUGAACUGGGUUCAAAUUGCAAAAAUCCUAAGCAGCCCUGUCCGUACACUGUGAAUUAUGUAUCAGAAGAUACAUCCACAUCUGGAGUGCUCGUGGAAGAUAUCUUGCACCUUGCAUCUGGCAACCGUAUGGCAGCCAACGGCUCUGCCAGGGCUCCAGUCACUUUUGGAUGUGGUAGUAAGCAAACUGGUGGUUACCUAAAUGGAGUUGCACCUGAUGGCCUUAUGGGUUUGGGACCUGGAGAGAUCUCAGUUCCCAGUCGUCUUGCCAAAGCUGGAUUGGUCCGAAACUCCUUUUCUCUUUGUUUUAAGGAAGAUGAUUCAGGAAGGAUUUUCUUUGGAGACCAAGGGCCUGCUGGCCAGCAGACAACUUCUUUUCUGCCUUCAGAAGGACAAUUUGUUACUUAUGUUGUUGGCGUGGAAUCAUGUUGUUUUGGGAGCUCCUGUAUUGAGCAGACAAGCUUCAAAGCCAUUGUGGAUAGUGGGUCAUCAUUUACAUUUCUCCCAGAUCAAAUUUACGAUAGAGUUGUUAAAGAGUUUGACAGAAAAGUGAAUGCUACAAAAGCUAGCUUUGAAGGAUAUCCUUGGCAAUAUUGCUACAAAUCCAGUUCUGAAGUUUUACCGAAGAUUCCUUCAUUUACUCUGAAGUUCACAGCGAACAGCAGCUUUAUAGUCCAGGAUCCUGUAUUUAUGAUCUAUGGCAGUCAAGGCGCUGUUGGAUUUUGUUUAGCUGUGGAGCCUUCAGGCAUAGAAAUUGGAACGAUUGGACAGAACUUCAUGACGGGAUAUCGUAUGGUGUUUGAUAGAGAGAACCUGAAACUGGGCUGGUCGCGCUCUGACUGUGAAGACCUUACUGAUAAUAAUAAACUGCCAUUGGCUCCAGCAGAUGGUAACUCGCCAAACUCACUGCCAGCAGAACAGCAGAAUACCCCUAAUAGCUCAGGAGUUGCCCCUGCUGUUGCCGGAAAGACACCCUCAAAUUCUGCAGCACCAACUAGUCGGGGGAUGCCAUCCAAGUUAUGCUUAACAAAGUUGCUGUUUCAGUUACUGCUUGUAUCAAGUAACUUCCGAUGGUCCUUAAAUACAUUUACCUUAUAAGCUUGAUAAUGGCAUACCCUAUAGGUUUAUAGUAUUAUAGAUGUUUAGUUUUCUGUGUAAAUCAUGUCUCC